UCUUCGUCUGCACUCGCGGAAAGCACGCAGCUUUCUCUCUUCUCUCUCGCUCGUUCGCUUUCUCUCUCACAGUAUUCAGCAAAAGAGGAGGCGAGGAGCAGUACUAUUCCUUCCUUCCUUCCACUUCCACCAUCCAGUUCCAGCACUAGUACCACAGUCACUUUCACUUUUAGCGAGGAGAAAGUGCACACAGCACAGACAACCAACACAUACACAGAGAGAAAGCGAGAGGCGAAGGCAGUCCGGUGGAGGGAGAGAUCGAUCCCAGUUUUGUCUUUCCCCUCGUGAACAAAGGCAUGCAGACGGUGAAAAGAUUUCACUCUGUGCACUUUCUCAGUCCUGAAAUUGGGUUCAUUGCUGCGCUAUUGCUCCUCUCUCUCGCGUUGAGAGUUCCAUUCUCCGCUGAGUGACUGAGUCGGUUCAAAUUUUCAUAAUCUUCUCACUCCACUUCGCCAAUCUGCUUUUUGUUAAUACUUUAUACACCCAGGGAGAGAAAGUGGUGUGGUUGUGCAUGCAGCCGUGCGGGAGCAUCAGGUGAGAGCAGGUCUCUCUCUCUUCUGGCUUGUUUACCCCACGACGAGACGAGACGAGACAUCAGGAUCCAGUGGGGAAAGUCAACUUGAGCCGAGUGGGACAAAGUGCUGAGAGUUGGACGCUCAUCAUCCUCCAUGUACCGUCACUCAUGUCGUCAGCUUUCUCCUGUCAGCCUCCUCGGCGUCGUAUCCCAUAAACCAUUGGCAAACAUGCUUAUCAGCACUUAUCCCCCACGCGCCGUGGCUGGAUGAGAAGAAGAAGAAGGGUCGCCGUGCAGUGUUUGUGUAGUGUUGUCGUCGUCGUCGCCCCCAUUCUGCCGCGAUAUGUUCGUCCAAUGGUUCAUUUUUGUCACUUUGGCCGGAGUUCCGCUAGUCUAUUGCGGAAAUCCGGACGCGAAACGUCUCUAUGAUGAUUUACUGUCGAACUAUAAUAAAUUAGUGAGACCUGUAGUGAAUACGUCGGACAUUCUUAAAGUGAGGAUCAAAUUACGACUGUCGCAACUUAUCGAUGUGAAUCUCAAAAACCAGAUCAUGACGACUAAUCUUUGGGUGGAGCAGUUUUGGUACGACUACAAGCUAACUUGGGAACCGAAUGAGUACGGAGGUGUCAAAAUGCUCCAUGUCCCUUCCGACCAUAUUUGGCGACCGGAUAUUGUCCUGUACAACAAUGCUGAUGGGAACUUUGAGGUGACUCUGGCCACGAAAGCUACCCUUUACAAUAACGGUCUCGUGGAAUGGAAGCCACCCGCAAUUUAUAAAUCCUCGUGCGAAAUAGACGUCGAGUACUUUCCCUUUGAUGAGCAGACAUGCAUCCUCAAAUUUGGGAGCUGGACCUACGACGGCUACAAAGUGGAUCUCCGACACUUUGAUGAAGUUGAGGGCUCCAACGUUGUUCAGCUUGGAGUUGACUUGACAGCGUUCUACUUUUCCGUUGAAUGGGACAUCCUUGACGUGCCGGCCGUUCGGAAUGAAAAAUUCUAUACUUGUUGUGACGAGCCCUAUUUGGACAUCACUUUCAACAUCACGAUGCGGCGGAAAACUCUCUUUUAUACAGUAAACCUUAUCAUUCCCUGCAUGGGGAUUUCCUUCCUCACCGUCUUAACCUUCUACCUGCCAUCGGAUUCUGGAGAGAAGGUGACUCUGGCAAUUUCAAUCUUGAUUAGUCUCCAUGUGUUCUUCCUCCUCGUUGUUGAGAUUAUUCCUCCCACCAGCCUCGUCGUCCCACUUUUAGGAAAAUACCUGAUUUUUGCCAUGAUCCUGGUCUCAAUCAGUAUAUGUGUUACCGUGGUUGUGCUCAACGUUCACUUCCGCUCCCCGCAGACCCACACAAUGUCUCCGUGGGUGCGUCGCGUCUUCCUUCACAUUCUGCCAAGGUUGCUCAUGAUGAAAAGGCCCCAUUACACGAUGGAGACUCACCGGCAUAAAUGGAAAGAAAGCAUGUUAAUGAUGCGUGCUGGAAACAACGCGACAUUCCACCACCAAACCGAGAGCUACUGGCAUGAGGAAACCAGUCCCAGUACUGAAAUCCCCCCUCGACCCCAGUCACCGCUGGAGGCCUGUUUACGAGGAUUUAUGCCUCCCUACCGAAUGACGGAUGCGAGUGGGGGGUGUCGCGUCCAUGGCGGGCAUGGUGGAGGAAGCCACCCGCGCAGUGGUGGUGGAUAUAGCCAUGACGGGUCCACGGAGAGCUGGCUGCCUGAUGACGGCCUCCCACUCCCGUCGCCACUCAUGUCCAAGCCAUCCAUCCCUUGUUCCAAUCGCAACUGUAUUCCUGAUGUCCAUGUUCAACGUGCCUGCGCCGGAGUUCGGUUCAUCGCGAGACACACCCGGCUCCAAGAAGACUCAACCAAGGUGAAAGAAGAUUGGAAAUACGUGGCGAUGGUGCUCGACCGACUUUUCUUGUGGAUUUUCACCCUCGCCGUGCUCGUCGGGACGGCUGGAAUCAUCCUACAAGCUCCUUCCCUAUAUGACGACAGGGUGCCUAUAGACAAAAAAUAUUCAGAAAUUACCGGCUCCCGAGCCACAAUUCGUCGGGGACCACAAUAAUAAUGAUCUGCCACUACACCACUACCAUCCCGCUACAUACUUCACCAGCUCAAUUGAUGAACUCAACCACUCCUCCUCCAGAGAAAGGUUUGACGGCGACGGGACUCUGACUUCUAUGGACGAACAGCAACAGCAGCAUCAUCAUGACUGACUGACAAGCAAAACAACAAACAAUGAAACCAUAGUUGAUCUGUGGCAGGCAAUGAGCAAAGUGAUCUUUAGUUGGAUGAAGAACAAGAAGUGUGUUUUGUUUUGUGCGUCUUCUUACGAGCAAGUUUUUUGGGGGGAAAGUUGGUGGGUGGGUGGGUGAAAGUCAGAAGAAGAAAUCGAGGACCAAAGACAACAGACAGUUGUGUACUAGUUGUAGUUUUGUUCUUGUUCUUGUUGCCGUUCGUCAGAGAAGAAUGCGAGAUGACGAGAAUAAUAUCCAGACGCGGAGAAAGUCGUCGUCGUCGUCAUCCUAAUCAUCAUCGAGUGAAAGUAUGCCCGCCCAGAAAAGUGGACAGACUCGUACGUAGUGUUCAGCAGAGAAAAGUUUAUUGCUUAGUGGGCUCAAUUCCUACGUACAUGUUAUUUCCAUGUGUUUACGGAUAUAUUAUUAAAAAAAUACACGGCAAAAAGCAUGUCCUAGAGUUCCAUUCCAUUCCAGUGAUGGAAGACCAAACAAAUGAUAGCAGAAAAGAAAAUAAACCAAACCAAUGGAUCGAUAUACUCUUUUUACAACCA